AUGAGUGACAGCGAUGUCUCCACUCCUGGAGACACCAAAAGCCUCGACCCUGCGGUUGAGCAUUUUGUCCUGAGAACUCCUUCGCCUUCCUCCCCGUCGCCGAAGGUCGAGCCUUUCCCAGAGCUCGAGACCGACCAGCUCGCCGACCCGUUCGUCGCCCAAGAGCCUCGCUUCAUCGUCCCGGUAGUCAGCAACUACCCUGCCGCAAGCAAAAUCAAGAUGACGCAUCACAACCAGGUGCCUCCCCGAGGUGAUCAGAGCCGCAUCGCGCAGCUUCAAGCGCUGAUGCACGGUUCGGCCGCUUCCAUGCCUGUCAUGGGUUCGGACGCCCGCUACCACGACCGCGACACUACUGCCAAGCUUGACUACGGUCUUGAUGAUCACGAAGACUACCGCAGUGUUGAGUCCGACUUCGCUCCAGGUGGCGCUCCUAUUGCACAGGAAGUUACUCACCCUCAGUCCGCUCUCGGUCGCUACAUGGGCGUGCAGCCCGAGCUUGAGGACUUGCUCCCCGACGACUUUCCAUCCGAGCGCCCUUACGGCUUCCACGUUGAUAACAACCCUCCUUUCGUCAACCUCGCUCGUGGUGUCUUCCCUUCCACUGACCCAGUGUUGCGUCUCAAGAACAUCCCAUUCGGUGUCUCGUACUCAGAGAUUGUCAUGUUCAUGAACAAGGCCUUCAUGAUUCAAAUUGGCGGUAGCACAGUGAACUAUCCCGUCCACAUCCUCAUGGAGCGUUCGACCGGCAAGACUGCCGACGCUUGGCUUGAGAUGCCUGACCAGAUGACGGCUGAUGCGGUCAUGGAUCGUUACAAGUUGCUGCAGGAUGAUAACAAGGUGCCCAAGCUGGGUAAUCGCCCUGUCAACAUCUCUAUUGCCUCUCAAGGUAAGCUGAUGGCCGAGAUCUUCCCUCGUGCUAAGGAAAUCUACUGGCACCCCAGCACCGGUAUUCCUAUCAAGAUCAAGCCCGACUUCGAGGUCGAGCCAUACAGCGCUGGCUUCCAGGGCUUCCUGACCGCAGAGGAACUGUACUGCACCAAGUUGCACUCCGAGCAACCCACUCGAGCUCCCUUCCCUCAGAAAGCGCUUCAGCGUUGCUACGAAUCGAUCAUGGCGACAGUAUUGAAGUACCCCUGGGCCUCCCCCUACUUCAAGAUGAGCGAGCGCGACGAACUUUUCGAAGCCUACAAAGCCAUGCUGAUCGUCCUUUCGCGCAGCGUGUAUGAUCAAGAGCACAUUCGCCGCAACAACAAGCAAGUCGGCCUGACCCAGACUCUCUGCACCAACUUCGUCAACGUUGGUCUUCGCUGCCCUGGCUUCUCUGAGCGUCAGAAGAGCCAGCUCACCGACAUCAUGUCUGACUAUGGCGAGGAGAUUGGAAUGAGCCGGUUCUGUCGUGUCUGGCCCUUUUCUACCAUGAGCAUCCCUCCUGAGGUCAACGACCAUGACCUCGAGCAAUGGAUGGAGUUGUUUGAUAGUGGCUGCCUGUUCACCAUGGCGCAGCGUGGUCGCCUCGCCUUCUCAGUCGACAACGUUGUUGAGCUCACCACGGACAGCCGUCGCGUUUGGUGGGUCGAAGAUAUGGUCAUGAAGGCUCAAAAGAUGGGCAACAAGAACGCCGUCGAGUACUCCUUCCACGAUAUGGGCCGUGCCGAAGAGAUCCUCAUGAAGGUCCUCAUGCAGCGUGCUUGGGAGCAGUUCUUCCCCGCGCGAGGUUACGAUGUUCCCAGCGAUCUUAUGCCUGAGCCCUAUGUCGAGACCCAGAUCGAAGUCAAGAUGCGCAGCCUCGGCGUCUAUGACAAGAAAGGCAUCGACCGUCCCGAGAUCUCGAAGCCCGGAGAUGACAUUGUUCACAUUCCCCGUGAGCAGUAUGGUGCUUGGCGUCACCGGAUGCAGGCGUCUACUACUCAGAUUCCAGUCAAGUCUUUGGCCGAGAUCUUUGCUCAGGCUGGUCUUCCUCCUCCUACUGCCGAGGCCGAGGCCGAGCACCAGCGCAUCCAAGCUCAGAUUCGUGGUGUUUCCUCUAUCAUGAACCCUGCUGGCCCCAGUUUUCCCUCUGGUUCUGCUAGCCAGAUGCACGGUACGCAGACCAAGCCCGCCACCAAUAACGAGGCUGUUGCUCGUCCUGGCUACGGUUCCAUGCACCCUCAGGCCACUGCGAGCUUCCACACCCGCGGCUACUCGAACAUCACCAACAUUGGUGCCCAGGAUGUUGAAGACCAAGCCACGCCGUCGGUUGGCAUUCGAUCAGCAUACACUUCGGCAUUUUCUGCUCCUGUGAACAACACUGUUCGUAUCACGAGCCCUGGAAAUGGUCACGAGGUGGACUUCUCCAAGAUUGCCGAGCAAGUUAUCGCCACCAAGUCGGUCGAGAACACUCCCCAGGCUAAACAGUACGGUUCUGGCGUUGAUCCCUUCGCUGCUCCUUCUUCGCGAAGCAGCCAGAGAGGUAGCCGUCGUGCUGAUCGUGAGUCGCAGGAGAGCAUUUCUUUCCUUCGUCGUCGCAGCAAGUCCCCAAGCAAGAACUCUUACACUCUUUCCAUGGACAACUUCACUCUGGACGACCCUCCUGUGGGCAAAUUCGGCGCUGUCGGCACCCCUCCUCGUCGCGCUCCGGCUAGCAACACCGUUGUCGCAGCUCCUACUAUCCCCGAGGGUGAUGAGGAAGAGGAGUGGGACACUCCCAGCCGCUCCGCCAAGGGCAAGGGUCGUGGUUUCCGCGGCUAA